AUGGAGUUCUGGUUUAUGACCACAGUCUUUUUUGUUAACACAGGUCAACCCGAUUUAUCUGUGCAAGAGGAGGUAAAGGAGGGUGAGAAUGUGUCUGCAUCCUGCUCCGUGUUUCACUCCUGCCCCACAUAUCCACCUUCUUUCAUCUGGAGUCACUCUGGAGAACAGCACGAUCAAACACAGCAGCUUCAUGAAGGCCAGUGGAAUUCAACAUCUACUCUGACCUUUCACCCAAACCGCUCUGAUCACAACAAGCCUUUAAAAUGCAAAAUAACAUACCAUCAUGGGCUGUACGUGGAAACCUCUAAGAUACUUCAAGUAAAAUAUGCCCCUGACAUCAAGACUUCCUCAAAGUGCUCCUCCGAGGGCGGCGUGGUAAAGUGUGAGUGCAUCGUAGAGUCCGAGCCUCCCAGCAUGGUCUAUUUUAUUCUUGGUGACAGAGUCAUGCAAAGCAGCAAAGCAGAGAAAAAUGGCUCUGUUACUAUUGAGACUCUGCAGACAGACUUUGGGUCUUUCAGCUUUGUGCACUGCCUGGCAAACAACAGGCUGGGAUAUGACAACAUCUUACUCUCUUUACCUGUUAAAGACAACAUGCAGAAUAUUCUUAUCUCGUCUGGAGCAGGUGUGAUUUUGCUGAUUAUUUUGAUAGGAAGUGGAGUGGGAGUUGUUAAAAAAUGGGGGAGAUCAAGAGACACAACAACCACUAACUUGAGCACCAUGAUGUCAGACAGACCUGUGGAGCUCCCUCAUAGUGGCCCACCAAAAAGGAAAAUGAGCCGUAAGGACAUCCCUUCCCCUGAUGUGUACACCAAUUAUCCUGUCUAUGGCAACACUGACUGGGAUGAGUCAAUAUACGCCAAUGUGUAGCAUGUGGAAGACCAGCUGCAGUCCAUGUUUGUGUCCUGUGAUAUAUGAGUUAACAACGAGUCAAGGUUUUUUUUCAGUCUCAUUCAUUUUUCAAUAUUUAUCACCUACAUCUAACAUAUAUAAUUCACAUUUUAUUUGUAGAAUACAAUAAGUAAAUAUUAAUGUCUAAAACUGUGAUAAUCUUAUGAUUCCUGUUAUAAACUGCAAAAAACUGGAAGAAAGUCAUUUCAUCAGAAAUCAGGUUUUUGGGGUUUUUUCUGUCAUUUGUAAAUAUUUUGUUUAUGAGAGAUGGCACAAUAUCAUGUGAUCCCAUUAAGUCUGGUGAUUUUAGUUUUGUUUUUGUGAGUUUUUUUUUAAUUCCUGUGAACAGUUCCUCUAUCCAAUCUUUAAAUGACACAGUGCUGCCACCUGGAGCUUAUUUCUCUCUCUCCCUCAUUCGUAUAUAUAUAUAUAUAAAAUCAGUAUAUCCAUGUAAAUCAGUGACUGAACUCAUAUUAUCCAGCAACUUAAGUUUUAAAUAUCUGCCCACCACCUCGAAGGCCAAAACUGGUUAAGAUAUUCCUUGAUUAAACUUUGCAUGUAGAUUUCAACGAUAAAAUGGAUAAUUGAUAGUUUAUUCUCAGUGUUAGUAUAAUUCAUAAUCCUUUGUAUUGUGAUCCAUAUAUUCAAAUGUUUUCUGUUCCAGUUGAUCAUACUGAGCAAUCUUUUGACUGAUGCAGAUCUUUUCUCCAGAUGAGUUGUUUCUUUCAGUGUGUGUCAUAAGUAAGUUUGUGUUUGCUUGUUAUCUUGUUUAUAGUCCCGUUCAUGUUACUUCUUGAUAUUUUUUCCAGAUCGUCCAUAUUUUUGAUGACCAACACUUGAGCUUACACUGGGGAUCCAUUUAGUUUGAUGAAUAUAUUGCAGCUUGUAGUCCAAGUACUUUAAAAGUUUCCCAGUGUUUUUUAAAGGUUAUGUGCUUCCCUGUUUGCAUUGUGUUUGGUUAGAUCCUCAUUUAUAAAGACAAUAUAUCCUUCAGAUUUCUCCCCCGUUUCAGCAGUGUGUUCUUGUGCUUCAACAUGCUGCCCAGAACUGCCAUUCACUGGACAGUUUCUCCUUGUCACACCACUCUCAGUUAACCCUGGAGAUAUUUAUCUCUUUUAAGUUCUUUUUGUAUUUUUGGAAUUUCAGCCCUGGAGUGAAAAAGUCCAGGAUCAGGGCUGCAGAUGCUGUUCAUCCAUGGGAUCAUUGUCAUGCUGAACAAUGAAUCUGCUGACAAUCAGAUGCUUUCCAGAUGGGAUUCCAGGAUGGAUCAAAAUCUGAUGAUGCUUUUCUACAUUCAUAAUUACAUCGAUUUCAUUGGUCAGUAGAUGGCUCAAGUGAAGGGCCAGAUGCAUUUUUCAGGUCGUCUUUUUUUCUUUCUCAUUUCUUUCUCAUUUUUGGGGCAUGCUAUUUCUGCUAAUGCCCUCUACCUGUCCAGUUUUAAAAGACACACUGCACACCAUGCGAAGAUAUCCACACCUUUCAUCUAAUAACUUUUUGGGAAUCACGUUGUCAGUACAAAAAUAAUAUUGCAUAACUUUUUGUUGUUUAUAAAUGUACUGUCUAGACACAAUUCAUUCUCUGUAGAUGUGCUUUUGGUCAAAUAAAUUCUAUCCAUUAUCAUACCACAACAGGAUGACAUUAUUCCUUGCAACUCCUGAACAGUAAAGCUGUACAGAUGUUUAA